AUGGCGCCCAAGCAAGCAGAGAAGAAGCCGGCCGAGAAGAAGCCAGCAGAGAAGGCCGAGAAGGCACCGGCGGAGAAGAAGCCCAGAGCCGAGAAGAAGAUCCCCAAGGAAGAGAAGGCCGAGAAGGCCCCCGCGGAGAAGAAGCCCAGAGCCGAGAAGAAGAUCCCAAAGGAAGGAGGCGCCGCAGCCGCCGACAAGAAGAAGAAGAGGAACAAGAAGAGCGUCGAGACCUACAAGAUCUACAUCUUCAAGGUGCUGAAGCAGGUGCACCCUGACAUCGGGAUCUCCAGCAAGGCCAUGGGGAUCAUGAACAGCUUCAUCAACGACAUCUUCGAGAAGCUCGCUCAGGAGUCCUCCAGGCUUGCAAGGUACAACAAGAAGCCCACCAUCACUUCCCGCGAGAUUCAGACCGCUGUGAGACUUGUUCUUCCCGGCGAGCUCGCCAAGCACGCAGUCUCUGAAGGAACCAAGGCGGUUACCAAGUUCACUAGUUCUUAG